AAAGGGCCAGCUAGGCGCCGGGCGACCAUUUACAUCGAUCGCAACAAAGCAACAAGUUAGUGUUAUAACCGAAGGGAAACUGAGUCCGACUUUUGUUUUGAGGAAUUAUUGGCCUUGUUUGGGCGCGGUCCUGGCCCGAUGAUGCAGCUACUGAGCCUGCUCUUCGUUUGUACGCUGGUCUGCUCAGCAAGCGCACAAGCAGUAAAAGAUGGUGAAAUUCGCCUUGUAGGAGGCACUUCCGAUUCCGAAGGUCGUGUUGAGGUCAGUUACAAUGGCGAAUGGGGAACUGUUUGCGAUGAUAGUUGGGAAACGAUCGAUGCCUACGUGGUCUGCCGAUCUCUAGGUUUUGUUGGUGCUCUUGAAGCUGUGCCAUCAGCUGGAUUCGGUCAAGGCACUGGCACCAUUGUUCUGGAUGACGUUAAUUGUUCUGGAGACGAAUCAACUCUCUUUGAAUGCGAGAAUCCUGGUCUUGGGGUCAACAACUGUGGCCAUUCGGAAGAUGCUGGUGUUCGUUGCGAGGUUCUAGAAGAUGGUGAGGUUCGUCUAGUUGGAGGUACCACCGAUUCCGAAGGUCGUGUAGAGGUCAGCUACAAUGGACAAUGGGGAACUGUUUGCGAUGACAGUUGGGAUACGACCGAUGCCAACGUGGUCUGCCGAUCUCUCGGUUUCGUUGGUGCUCUUGAAGCUGUGCCAUCGGCUGGAUUCGGUCAAGGAACUGGCACCAUUGUUCUGGAUGACGUCAAUUGUUCUGGAGACGAAUCAACUCUCUUUGAAUGCGCGAAUCCUGGUCUUGGAGUCAACAACUGUGGCCAUUCAGAAGAUGCUGGUGUUCGUUGCGAAGUUCUAGAAGAUGGUGAGGUUCGUCUAGUUGGAGGUACCACCGAUUCCGAAGGUCGUGUAGAGGUCAGCUACAAUGGACAAUGGGGAACUGUUUGCGAUGACAGUUGGGAUACGACCGAUGCCAACGUGGUCUGCCGAUCUCUCGGUUUCGUUGGUGCUCUUGAAGCUGUGCCAUCGGCUGGAUUCGGUCAAGGAACUGGCACCAUUGUUCUGGAUGACGUCAAUUGUUCUGGAGACGAAUCAACUCUCUUUGAAUGCGAGAAUCCUGGUCUUGGAGUCAACAACUGUGGCCAUUCAGAAGAUGCCGGAGUUCGUUGUCAAGUACUUGAAGAUGGUGAAAUACGCCUUGUAGGAGGCACCUCUGACUCUGAAGGGCGUGUUGAGGUCAGUUACAAUGGCGAAUGGGGAACUGUUUGCGAUGAUCUUUGGGAUACGACUGAUGCCAGCGUGGUCUGCCGAUCUCUCGGUUUCGUUGGUGCUCUUGAAGCUGUGUCAUCGGCUGGAUUCGGUCAAGGCACUGGCACCAUUGUUCUGGAUGACGUCAAUUGUUCUGGAGACGAAUCAACUCUCUUUGAAUGUCCAAAUCCUGGUCUUGGGGUCAACAACUGUGGCCAUUCAGAAGAUGCUGGUGUUCGUUGCGAAGUUCUAGAAGAUGGUGAGGUUCGUCUAGUUGGAGGUACCACCGAUUCCGAAGGUCGUGUAGAGGUCAGCUACAAUGGACAAUGGGGAACUGUUUGCGAUGACAGUUGGGAUACGACCGAUGCCAACGUGGUCUGCCGAUCUCUCGGUUUCGUUGGUGCUCUUGCAGCUGUGCCAUCGGCUGGAUUCGGUCAAGGAACUGGCACCAUUGUUCUGGAUGACGUCAAUUGUUCUGGAGACGAAUCAACUCUCUUUGAAUGCGAGAAUCCUGGUCUUGGAGUCAACAACUGUGGCCAUUCAGAAGAUGCCGGAGUUCGUUGUCAAGUACUUGAAGAUGGUGAAAUACGCCUUGUAGGAGGCACCUCUGACUCUGAAGGUCGUGUUGAGGUCAGUUACAAUGGCGAAUGGGGAACUGUUUGUGAUGAUCUUUGGGAUACGACCGAUGCCAACGUGGUCUGCCGAUCUCUCGGUUUCGUUGGUGCGCUUGAAGCUGUGUCAUCGGCUGGAUUCGGUCAAGGCACUGGCACCAUUGUUCUGGAUGACGUCAAUUGUUCUGGAGACGAAUCAACUCUCUUUGAAUGCCCAAAUCCUGGUCUUGGGGUCAACAACUGUGGCCAUUCAGAAGAUGCUGGUGUUCGUUGCGAAGUUCUAGAAGAUGGUGAGGUUCGUCUAGUUGGAGGUACCACCGAUUCCGAAGGUCGUGUAGAGGUCAGCUACAAUGGACAAUGGGGAACUGUUUGCGAUGACAGUUGGGAUACGACCGAUGCCAACGUGGUCUGCCGAUCUCUCGGUUUUGUUGGUGCUCUUGAAGCUGUGCCAUCGGCUGGAUUCGGUCAAGGAACUGGCACCAUUGUUCUGGAUGACGUCAAUUGUUCUGGAGACGAAUCAACUCUCUUUGAAUGCGAGAAUCCUGGUCUUGGAGUCAACAACUGUGGCCAUUCAGAAGAUGCCGGAGUUCGUUGUCAAGUACUUGAAGAUGGUGAAAUACGCCUUGUAGGAGGCACCUCUGACUCUGAAGGUCGUGUUGAGGUCAGUUACAAUGGCGAAUGGGGAACUGUUUGCGAUGAUCUUUGGGAUACGACCGAUGCCAACGUGGUCUGCCGAUCUCUCGGUUUCGUUGGUGCUCUUGAAGCUGUGUCAUCGGCUGGAUUCGGUCAAGGCACUGGCACCAUUGUUCUGGAUGACGUCAAUUGUUCUGGAGACGAAUCAACUCUCUUUGAAUGCCCAAAUCCUGGUCUUGGGGUCAACAACUGUGGCCAUUCAGAAGAUGCUGGUGUUCGUUGCGAAGUUCUAGAAGAUGGUGAGGUUCGUCUAGUUGGAGGUACCACCGAUUCCGAAGGUCGUGUAGAGGUCAGCUACAAUGGACAAUGGGGAACUGUUUGCGAUGACAGUUGGGAUACGACCGAUGCCAACGUGGUCUGCCGAUCUCUCGGUUUCGUUGGUGCGCUUGAAGCUGUGUCAUCGGCUGGAUUCGGUCAAGGCACUGGCACCAUUGUUCUGGAUGACGUCAAUUGUUCUGGAGACGAAUCAACUCUCUUUGAAUGCCCAAAUCCUGGUCUUGGGGUCAACAACUGUGGCCAUUCAGAAGAUGCUGGUGUUCGUUGCGAAGUUCUAGAAGAUGGUGAGGUUCGUCUAGUUGGAGGUACCACCGAUUCCGAAGGUCGUGUAGAGGUCAGCUACAAUGGACAAUGGGGAACUGUUUGCGAUGACAGUUGGGAUACGACCGAUGCCAACGUGGUCUGCCGAUCUCUCGGUUUCGUUGGUGCUCUUGAAGCUGUGCCAUCGGCUGGAUUCGGUCAAGGAACUGGCACCAUUGUUCUGGAUGACAUCAAUUGUUCUGGAGACGAAUCAACUCUCUUUGAAUGCGAGAAUCCUGGUCUUGGAGUCAACAACUGUGGCCAUUCAGAAGAUGCCGGAGUUCGUUGUCAAGUACUUGAGGAUGGUGAAAUACGCCUUGUAGGAGGCACCUCUGACUCUGAAGGUCGUGUAGAGGUCAGCUACAAUGGACAAUGGGGAACUGUUUGCGAUGACAGUUGGGAUACGACCGAUGCCAACGUGGUCUGCCGAUCUCUCGGUUUCGUUGGUGCUCUUGAAGCUGUGUCAUCGGCUGGAUUCGGUCAAGGCACUGGCACCAUUGUUCUGGAUGACGUCAAUUGUUCUGGAGACGAAUCAACUCUCUUUGAAUGCCCAAAUCCUGGUCUUGGGGUCAACAACUGUGGCCAUUCAGAAGAUGCUGGUGUUCGUUGCGAAGUUCUAGAAGAUGGUGAGGUUCGUCUAGUUGGAGGUACCACUGAUUCCGAAGGUCGUGUAGAGGUCAGCUACAAUGGACAAUGGGGAACUGUUUGCGAUGACAGUUGGGAUACGACCGAUGCCAACGUGGUCUGCCGAUCUCUCGGUUUCGUUGGUGCUCUUGAAGCCGUGCCAUCGGCUGGAUUCGGUCAAGGAACUGGCACCAUUGUUCUGGAUGACGUCAAUUGUUCUGGAGACGAAUCAACUCUCUUUGAAUGCGAGAAUCCUGGUCUUGGAGUCAACAACUGUGGCCAUUCAGAAGAUGCCGGAGUUCGUUGUCAAGUACUUGAAGAUGGUGAAAUACGCCUUGUAGGAGGCACCUCUGACUCUGAAGGUCGUGUUGAGGUCAGAUACAAUGGCGAAUGGGGAACUGUUUGUGAUGAUCUUUGGGAUACGACCGAUGCCAGCGUGGUCUGCCGAUCUCUCGGUUUUGUUGGUGCACUUGAAGCUGUGUCAUCGGCUGGAUUCGGUCAAGGCACUGGCACUAUUCUACUCGAUGAUGUCGAUUGCUCCGGAGACGAACUGACCCUCUUUGAAUGCCGAAAUCCUGGUCUUGGAGUCAACAACUGUGGCCAUUCAGAAGAUGCCGGAGUUCGUUGUCGAGUUAUUGCAGAUGGUAUCGUCCGACUCGUAGACGGCAUUUUCUAUUGGCAAGGUCGUGUUGAGGUCAGCUACAAAGGACAAUGGGGAACUGUUUGCGAUGACAAUUGGGAUACGACCGAUGCCAACGUGGUCUGCCGAUCUCUCGGUUUCGUUGGUGCGCUUGAAGCUGUGCCAUCGGCUGGAUUCGGUCCAGGAACUGGCACCAUUGUUCUGGAUGACGUCAAUUGUUCUGGAGACGAAUCAACUCUCUUUGAAUGCGAGAAUCCUGGUCUUGGAGUCAACAACUGUGGCCAUUCAGAAGAUGCCGGAGUUCGCUGUCAAGUACUUGAAGAUGGUGAAAUACGCCUUGUAGGAGGCACCUCUGAUUCUGAAGGUCGUGUUGAGGUCAGUUACAAUGGCGAAUGGGGAACUGUUUGCGAUGAUCUUUGGGAUACGACCGAUGCCAACGUGGUCUGCAGAUCUCUCGGUUUCGUUGGUGCGCUUGAAGCUGUGCCAUCGGCUGGAUUCGGUCAAGGCACUGGCACCAUUGUUCUGGAUGAUGUCAAUUGUUCUGGAGACGAAUCAACUCUCUUUGAAUGCUCGAAUCGUGGUCUUGGAGUCAACAACUGUGGCCAUUCAGAAGAUGCCGGAGUUCGUUGCGAAGUGCCUCCCGUUCCAGUGCGAAUCGUCGGAGGUUUGGUGGAAGGGAGAGUUGAGGUGCUCUUCAAUGGAGAAUGGGGGACCGUCUGCGAUUACCUCUGGGACGACUCCGAUGCUACGGUCGUCUGCCGAAUGCUCUCCCUUGGUCAGACGGGUGCUGCGCGGAGAGAAGCCUACUACGGCGAGGGCGAUGGGAGUAUAUUCCUCACAGCUCUUGAGUGCGACGGAAGUGAAGCGAGUCUCUUCGAUUGCCCCAACGGUGGUAUAGGUAGCAACUGCGUACACGCUCAAGACGCGGGCGUUAAGUGUCUGCCGUAAUCGGAUGCAGCUGUUUGAUCACAUCGGUCUUCCAAAUAUGUUGUAUAAGGUUGUAAGAAAAAUGUUGUUUAUGGUGAUGGGCCUUAUUGUACAGUCAUGACAAUGUAUAAAGGAGGGGAUGUUAUACUUUUUGAAUACAAAAGCAUGAACGAUAACGAAGAUCCAUCCCAAUAUUAAACUAAAAACUAUGCUGCUAUCAAAUGGAUAGUUAUAGCUAUUGAAUGGAAUUGUUCGUUUAAUCCUAAAUGAAAUGACAGGACUAUUGAGGACUGGGGGGGGGGGGGUGAUGGCACUCCUGAUCGCGCCGAAUGGCACGCACAUUCUUUACCACAUAAACGACUGGCCC